CUGCGUCUGUGUCUGCGACCAUUCCUACGCGUACUUUCGAUAAAAGAGCGAAUACCUCGUUCGUCAAGUCAGAGGGGGCAGAGUUUAUGGUCAAUGGAAGUAACUUCAAGUUCAUUGGGACAAAUGUCUACUGGCUGCCCUCCUUGAAUACUAACGAGGACAUGUGGAAUACGCUCAGCAACAUAUCAGCAUUAGGUAUCAAUGUUGUCAGAAUCUGGGCGUUUAACGAUGUCGACACGAUACCUGAGAACGGAACUUGGUUCCAGUUGGUGCGCAACGGCACUGUUUCGGUCAAUACUGGCCCAAAUGGUCUUCAAAAAUUGGAUACAGUAAUCGAGAUGGCAGAGCAACUGGGUUUAUAUGUUAUCCUGUCGCUUACGAACAACUGGUUCCCUCAGCCAUCGUUGGACAGUCCCCUCGCACCUAUUAACAGCAGUAUUUUCGACUCGGGUGUAGAAAAGCGUGCCGUUGUACAGGGUACAAAUAACACCCUGCCACGCAAUUACCUGUCCAACGACUACGGUGGUAUGGAUCUAUACGUUCACCAGUACGGCUACACGGAACACGACCAGUUCUACACUGAUCCUACGAUCUUGAACUCCUUCUUGAAUUAUACGACACAAGUGGUGUCACGCUACGUGAACAGUCCAGCUAUAUUCAGUUGGGAAUUGGCUAAUGACCCCAGAUGUAAUUCUACGCUACCUUCUACCGCCAACUGUACAACAGAAACGGUUACGACCUGGCACGCAACAGUGGCCACUCAUGUUCAGACCGUUGAUCCCAAUCAUCUUGUCUCUGCUGGAACCUCCGGGUUCAUAUGCUUAGAUUGUCCCAAACUUUACCCGCUCAACCCCGCUCCUGCACCCGCACCUUCUGCGAGCCCUGCUGCCAAAAAGCGUCGAAGCAUUGUACCAAGAGGUCCUUUGACGAAAGAGCAGCUUCUCCGAGACCGUGCCGAAGCUAGACGCCAUAACAGAGCAGCAGCGAAGCUUGCUGGAACGCUGAAGGAAGACGGAGUCAAAAUUCGGGGCCGCUGGGUUUCGACAGCCGCCAAGCGCCAAGGAACUCAGGACAUAGGACCCACGUAUACUGGAGCGUAUGGUGUAGAUAGCCAGGAUAUAUUGAACAUCCCUCAAAUCGGUUUUGGCUCGUUCCAGCUCUUCCCCGAUCAACAACAGUACGAGCCCAAUGAUCCCAACUUGUCACCCUACGAAAACAUCGUUAACCAAGGCGUUGCUUGGAUUAUACAGCAGGCGCAGUCUGCUGCAGCUGUGGGCAAGCCUGUCGCUCUUUCAGGGUUUGGUCUGGUCACGCAAAACAAUUCCGCGUCUUUUGUACCGUUUAACUCAACUGUUGCUCCCUAUGCACCUGACUCCAGCUCUUCGACCGGUAACAACACCUCUCAACCUUACGGUGUCACCUCUACGCAGCAGACAGACGCUUAUUCUCAAUGGCUGGAUUCGGGAAUUGCUGCUGGUGUGAACGGAAUCAUGCAAUACCAAUGGGGUCAAGGCGGCUUGACGACUCAACCUGGAACUGCAAUCAGCCCUGACACGUCGACUCAAUCGUCGAACCAAGGAAGCACAGGCCAGUCUGGGAAUACUGACACAACUGGACAGUCACCCAACGAUGGGUACUCCAGCUACGGAAGCAAUGGUGUACAACAGACUCUUCAAAAUGGGGUACAGCAAAUGGGACAGGACCCUUGAAACAGUAAUGCGAAGAUUCGAAUCACGAUCUAGUCGAUUUUAUCUUAUCUACGAAUUUAUGGACUUUUACGAGUGGACGUGUGUUUGAGUGAAUUUGUAACUCGUAAUUUUGUUAUCUUGAACAGCGUUUUGGUUCGAAUAAUGAGUAGUAUCUAUAUACGAUAUUUAGAUUGAUUUAUUGUAAAACAUAUUGUUGUUACAUAUGAACUCCUACAUGUAUCGUACAUUGUUCUUCGAAUUCGCG